AUGAACGGCUUUGGGAGUCUCGAGAUUUCGUCCGAAGCGGGCGGAAAUUCGUAUUACUCUCCCGCCUAUGGUGGCAACUCAUAUACCAGCACUAUUGUGUGGAUUGAAGCUCGCAAUGGCGAGCCUCACCAGCUGCAUGUUCAGGAAAUUCAGCAGGAUAUCAAUCAUGCGUUUCCACCAAGAGAAGAUUCUGAAAAUAGCUCUUCGCCUGAGAACAUGUCCUUUCCCCAACCUGUCUCCUGGGGUGAAGAGUGGCUAGGACAGAGCCAAUCGUUCGAUUCUCGUGCGCACAUUCACGGUUCGAUACUUCAGAGAAGUCAUGCAUUUGUUGGUCAGCUCGACCUCGUGAUUGUGGGCAUGGAAUUCGUUCUCAAGUGA